AUGAGAGAAUCCUAUCCGGAUCAUUUAUUCUUAUACACGGAUGGUUCAUCGUGCAGCGACGCGGUGGCAUGUGGUUUUUACUGUAUCAGGGCCACCAAAUCAUUUCGGCUUCACUCCAAAUGCAGUAUUUUCACUGCCGAAAUGUGUGCAAUCUUUGAGGCCCUAAAAUACAUUGAAUCAGCGACGUUGCGGCGAGUAGUUAUCUGUUCCGAUUCUCUCAGCUCUCUUCAAGCUGUCUCCCGUCCUUCGUCAGACUACCUGACUUUAUCCGUUCAAAGCCUGAUUCAUCGUCUUCUGUCCCGCCGCUAUGACCUGGUACUUAGUUGGGUCCCAGGCCACGUGAGUAUCAGAGGGAACGAACUGGCCGACCAGGCGGCGAAAUCAGCGACUCGUAAAACUCGUAUCGACAUCCCUUCUGUGCCAUUGUCCGAUGUUCAGGCUUUCUUGAAACGAUCCGUGCUUAGAGCGUGGCAAACAGAGUGGCACAAUAGCACUUUCAAACUAAGUGCGAUAAAGAAUUCUGUGUAUCCCUGGCGCUCCUCAUCACGGUCCU